AUGUGUAGCUUGAAUUACAUCUUUGAAUUUUCUGACAUCUUUGAUGGUUUUAAAACCUUACUUAAGAUUAAUAAAUAGAGUAUAUUAUAUUAUAAAAUCAUAGCCUCCAUUACUUGUUUUAGUAAUUAUGAUUUAUGGCAUUAAAGAAGUUUACGAAUAUUAAAUGAAUUAAAAAAUGAAGAGUGUAAACCAGCCCGUACUUUGGCUAUGAUUAAUGGAUUAAGAAUGGGGCUCAUUUUUAAAAGAUUCAUUUGA